UCUAAUGUUAAUUCACAACCUUCAUAGUUAACUAAUUGUUGUUUCUUCCUCUCUAGUGGAUUACAAUUAAACUUAAAUUUUCUAUUGAUAAUUUUUUACAAUUACGAAUAUAAAAAAUCAACUCCCUUUUUUAUCUUCAUCUUCAUCAUCUUCAUCAUCCUCAUCAUUAGAAAAUAAGACAACAACAACAUCAUUAUUAUCUUUCACUUUUUGUUUUCUUCCACCUUAAAGUUAAUCGUCUAUUACGAGAGAGAAGGAAAAAAUAUCAAUAGAAUAAUAAAUUGUGUCUAAAUUGCUCAACAAUAACUUUUUAAUUGUGACCAAUUCCUGGAAUUGAAGAUAAAUUAAUAAACCAUAAUAUUAAUUAACUUAAUUGCUCGUAACCAGGUAAAAACCCUUGAAACCAGAAAGUAAAAUGUUUCGUUGUCCAAUUGGUAAAUUGUUGAUUACAAUUGUGUUUCUAUCCCUGAUUGAAGUAUACUCAUGUGCCUUUUGCCCUGAUGGUUGGAGAUUAAUUAAUCGAGAGACCUCAAAGUGUGUCCGUUAUUUUAAGGAUAAUGUUAACUACACUGAAGCGGAAUAUAUUUGUCGUAACAUUUACGAAGGUCAUUUAAUUGUUAUCGAAUCGAAACAAGAACAACGAUCCUUGGUCCAAUAUCUUUACGGAGAAAUCGGAUUCACCAAAUCUCCGGUUACAUGGAUUGGGAUUAAAGUCGAACCUCCAAAUAAACUGACCACUUCCGAUGGUUCGUCUUCACCUAAAUAUACAAAUUUCGAUGCCGAACCAGUUGAUUAUUCAUCUGAACGAUGUAUGAAAAUAUUUUCACUUGGAAUUAAAAACGAUAACUCUGAACAUGGUCUAUGGACACCCGAUAACUGUGGUUAUGGUGAUUCGGGUUUCGUUUGUCAAAAAUUGAUCCUUGACCGAGGAAGGGAAAUACCUCAAGGCGAUGAUCCAUUAGCUGGUAAAAACGAAGUUAUGACAACUCAAUUUCUUCUGGACCAAUUUAAGGAACAAUUAACUUUAAUCAAGGAUAUUUGUGAGAGCCAAAUGAAAGCCAUUGAAAGAUUAAGCUCAAAUCAUAUUUACAUGUUACAACAUGUUAAACAAGCAAAAGAUUUAUAACUAAAUCAAGACAAUUAAUUAUCGAUUAAUAACCAAUUUAGAUGAAAAAUCAACACAACAAUUUAGCAUUAAUCAUUUUAAAAUUAACUCUGUAAUUUUAUUAUUCUCACAAUCCAACCAAAACUUUAAUCAAUCUGUACACAUUUCAUAUUCAUAAAUUGUGACACCAACAAUCAAAUCAAAUUGUGCUCUUAAUUUAAAAUCAGACUUUCACUUUUUGAUUGUUUCUUUUACCAUUGAAAACAAUAUCACUCUAUGAUUAACUACAAUUAAAUUGUACUACAAUUCUGACUCCAACCUGAAACUUUCACCUCAAACAACAAUCAAAUCCCAACAAUCAACAAAUCAAAGUGUAAGAUUUUUUUUUCAAUUAUGAUUAUUUCAUGUCCAUUAACUGACCAUUACCUUUGAUUGAGAAAACCAUUGGGUCAAGAUUAAUGAUGACCAGUAAAUAAAACAAUCAAACAAAAGUA